CUUUUAUUUCACAUAGGAGAUGCUAAACUACAUGCACCAUGUACUUUUAGUGAAAAGGGAUGAGAUUUGAAGUAGUGUGCAGUUCCUAAAGGAAUUAAUUCCACCGUUUUGAUGAGACCUUUUUUCCUCUUUCCAUUGAGCCAGAGGAUUAUAGUUGUUUAGCAUUUUCUUCUUCUGGACCUUUAGUAUGUCUUGGAGAUGUUCUGGCUCUAGACGACAAAGAUGAGGAUCAGAGCACAGAAGUAAUUUCAAAGUUCUUCAGGAAGCUGGACUAGAUGGUGGAGGAGAAAUUUGACCUGCAGUGAUGUUCUCAGCUGGCUGAGUGUCUUGUAUCAUGGUAUCUCCAUGCCCAUAUCUGUCCCAUAGUUGUAUUCAUCUAGCCAGCCCAACCUGAAAGGCAUUACUCAAAAAUAGCAGUAUAUGGGAGCUUAGAAUCGGCAUUCAUAGUCAGCUGUACUACUGCAUAUUGGAAAGAAAGAUUCCUUCUCUGAGGCACUGGGGAUUUCAGGUUGAAAUGUUACCAUGGCACAAGUGAGGAAGAAGGGAUGUUUGACUCAGGAAUCUUAGCUCAGAGUCCAGAACAUGUUGGCAAAGCUGAAUUCUGGAUAUACAAAUGGGCCAACGGUUAGUGGCUAAAAACCAAAAAGAGCUGUGUUAUAAAUAGAGAGAUACAUGUUAUUUCUCACAGACCAUGACCAUGCUUUUUUGCAAUGACCAGUUUCGCUGCAUGCUGUAGUUACUGAGAAGGGUUUGCCACCUGAUGACAAGUUGGGCAGAGUUUAUAAGCUUCAGGGAGGUCAGAUAGAUAGGUUUUAUUUGUCCUGUUUUUUCUGACAGCUUGCUUAUAUGGUAAACCUCAUCACCUUCCUAAGGGCAGAAAUGCAAGUCGGAGAUAUUGAAUACAAUUAACCCUUAGCAAGACAUGACUAGAAGCAUCUAACUAAAACCCUUAAGAGCAGCAGUUCCCAAAGUGUUCCCACAAACUUCCCUGUUUGUGAAGCCCUUUUUGGUGCCAUGGUACAGUUUUCCUGUGUACUUCCAGGACCAUGAGCAUUUCCAGUUCUGGGCUUGGGAUGCAGCCUAGUUUGGGAACCCCUGCUCCUGCCCUGUGGGUUCACAACAGAGCAAACACUCUCCUUGCUGAGCCCCUUGAGUCACGAAGUCUGUACUUUCAUGGGACUCUCUGUUUCUGUCUCCUCUGUAAUCUCUGUUAGAAAUGAGAAAGCAUCAGCAGUGCUACGCAAGUGGGAUGAAGGUUUUCAUCGUUCCUCUGUGUAUUAUUACCUUUUUAAUUUUUAAGAACAGGAUCCUUGAUCUCACGUUUUCUUCUCGAGCACAUGGGACAUGCUUAUCGAUAAGUAGCUACUGAGUGGAUUUGGAUUUGGGAACAGAUAUUUGGCCUCAAGGACAUGGAGGUUUCCACAGAAGGUCUCCCAGUGAGUUGUGCACCUUAAUUUAAAUAACUGUUCACUGAAAAUUUAUGUCACUUUCACCAACUUAGCACAGCAAAGAUGGUGUUGGUGUCAGUGGUGCAAUCUUAUUGCAAAGCCAUCCUGCUAUUAAUAAAUGGUGUCUGCAACCACAGUGGUGUUUACUGUUUUUAAAAAAUUGCCUGCUUUUGGCUGUGCUGUGGAAAAAUAAUGCCCACUGGAGUGUUUCUGCCUCUGACCAUCUUCUGACUGUGACCUGACAUGAACUCAUUUAUGUAAUGCUUCCUAGCAGCAGUGCUGCUGCUGGAGACGUGGCUGUUCCUGUGACCAGGGAUAGCUCCACCUCCAAUUUUAAAAGUCUUUCUAGCUAUUCAAUUCAAUAAAUGCCAUGCCAUGAAGGAGAAGGUUUCUUCAUGAUCAUCACAACACUGGCGCUGGAAGCCAGUAGUGUUUUACCCACGCCUACUGUGCCAGUUCCCAAGAAGCUUCUGCAUGAAACCCAGCCAAGACCAACCAAUUACCAAGGAUUUCAGAAGCCACAUUUUCCACUGUGGCCAAGAGUGUUUGAUCCCAAUGUUAUAGGGGACGGCGUGUUCCUUUCUGAUGUCUCUCCUUCCAACAUAGGGCGAGCUCUCCCAGCAGAGAAGAAGAAAGGGAGAUCGGCCACGUUCUACCCUCUAGACAACACCCCCUUCUUGCUUCCCGUGGAUGAGACACAACCGCCGGCGCUCAACAGCAGCAUGGAGCCCGUGGGCGUUAGCACAGAGAUGGCACUGCUCAGCAACAUCCUAGCAGCGUAUGCCUUUAUCACAGAAAACCCCGAGCGGGCUGCUCUGUAUUUUGUCUCCGGAGUGUGCAUUGGACUCGUCUUGACCCUGCUGGCCCUGGUGCUAAGGGUGUCCUGCCGAACUGACUGCAAACACUCCUCCGCCAAAAAACCUCCUCGGGAGCGGGAGAGCGAUAGCGACAGCAGCGACAGCGAUGACGAUUCGGACACCACUUCGGACCUGUCGGCCCGCAGGCACCGCAGGUUCGAGAGGACUUUGAACAUGAACGUCUUCACUUCGGCGGAGGAGCUGGAGCGGGCUCAGCGGCUGGAGGAGCGGGAGCGCAUCAUCCGGGAGAUCUGGAUGAACGGCCAGCCGGACAUCCCAGGGACCAGGAGCCUCAACUGCUACUACUAAGCGAUGGGGAGUCCAACCGUCCUGCCCUGCACCCCGGGGCUUCUCCACACGUGAUAGAGGAGAGGGUGGGAAGGAAUAUUACGUGGGUGUCUCCCCUUUUCCUUCCAGGCGUGCUACCUGGAGCAGUGUGGAUGGACAGCAAUAAAGCUUUCCCCGUCUCCUUCUCCCUGACAUAUUGCUAUCGCCCCUCUUCACGGACACUUUCUGGUUUCAACAGCGGCGGUUGCCAACUUCAUUUCUUAGUAGCAGGCGGGAAGGUGACAAUAACAGUCCUCCCACGUGCGACGUGGAGUUUGGCGUGCUGCGGUACGAGUGCUCCUCUCUUGGCUGGAGAAAGAAGUCGUCUAGGUUUUGGUGUUCAUUUAAGGUUUUUUGGUUUCCCUUUCCUGAGGACUGUGGGAGAAUCGUGAACAAAACGACAAAUCUGGAAAGAUGAUUUGGGAAGGGAGGGGGAGGUGCAUCCUGACCGAUUGUCUUGUGACUUCAGAAGCCACGAGAUUAACCUAAUUAAAACCCAACGGCAAAUAUGACUUGUUAAGAACUGGGGGAUGGGGGGGAGGGGGAUUCUUCCAUCGUGAAAUCAUCUCGGUGCUUGGAUGUUUGCCAUAGUGUAUUCAGUUAUUUAUGGCUGUCUUUUCAUCUUCCUUUUCAAUGGGAACAUUUAUUUUUUUUUUUUACUGACACCUCAGGGAUAAAAUCCUAUUAUUUUUUUGAGUCUGCUCUCCCUGCUGGCCCCUGCCAAACACAACCCAACCCACCUCCAACAGUGAAAUUAUGGUAAUAUAAGAGAUGUGUCAGUGACUGGUGAGAAGUUAACAACCUCAAAGAGGUUGAAAAGGGUUUUCUUUUUGUUUUGUUUUAAAUAUAUAUAUAUAUAUAUAUUUGAAGAUGCUGCACAGGAAUGUGCCUUAUUCUUUUUUUGUUGUUGUUAAACUACAGUUUUCCUAUGGAUAGCAAUGCACAAUGUUUUAUAUAUUUUAUUAAAAAAAUAAAAAAAAUAAAAGGUAUAUGUUUACCAGAGGAAAAUGGAGACAGAAGAAGCCACAUAUGACAACAGAAUGGGUAAUGAAUGCUAAAUAAACUCUGGCUUGCUUCAA